CUUUAGCUCCGCAGGACUGUCUUCUCAUGGACAUGCAGAGGGAGGUCCUCAUGACCGGCACAAGGGACAUGUAGCCGAAACCAACAUGAACUGGGGAAUCGUUUGUUUAACAGGUCUGAAUCUCCUCUUUCAGUUUGUCACCUCUUCAAAACUUGUGUGCUACUUCACUAACUGGUCUCGGUACAGAGACGGUCCAGCCAGAUUUCUACCUGACAAUGUGGAUCCCAAUCUCUGCACUCAUCUCAUUUUUGCCUUUGCCAUUGUAAACUAUGGCAAUGAGCUGGUGGCCUCCGACUGGAAUGAUGAUGCACUUUACAAAUCCUUCAAUGCCUUGAAGAUUCGGAACCCAAAGCUAAAGACUUUGCUGUCUGUAAGAGGGAAGGACACUGACUCAGCCAACAGAUUCUCUCAAAUGAUGUCCUCAUCCUCUACACGGCAACAGUUCAUCCAGUCCUCCAUCAGACUUCUACGGACAUAUGGCUUUGAUGGACUGGACCUGGCCUGGGAAGGCCCCGCAUCUCAAGGGAGCCCUCCAGAGGACAGAAGGAGAUUCACACUACUAUGCAAGGAGCUUGUGGAGGCCUAUGAAACUGAGAGCAGAGCCAGUGGAUACCAGAGACUGAUGAUCACUGCUGCUGUGGCUGCAAAAAGAAAUGUAAUUUACAUUAGUUAUGACGUCCCACAGGUCUCACAGUACUUGGACUUCAUCAGUGUCAUGACUUUUGGCUUUCAUGGAAGUCAAGAUGGUCUCACUAAUCACCACAGCCCCUUAUAUAGUGGAGAACAUCAAACAGGAGAGAGUCUACAUUAUAAUGUAGUAGGUAUCUAAAUGUUUUUUUUUUCUUUUCAAACACGCUACUGUGCUCAGGAAGUUAUACGCUACAUGUGUCUGCAAUAGCGUAAUGUCAUUUUGCAGUGUAGCAGUGUUCUCUGGUGGUUGCAAUAGAUUUACUUACACACUGCAGCAUUUCCACAUGUAAAAGAAUGACAGGGAGAUAAGUUACUGAGACCUGAUAUAAAAGGUCUGAGAGCAAUGUUUGUGAACUUUGAUGGAUAACAUUGUUUAAUGGAGUUAUUUUACAUUAAGUUAUUUUAACCACUUGUAGCUUAGUCAAGCAACAGUCUAUACUUGUCUUCAAACAGUUGACAGAUUGGAACAUAUCGCUGAUACCGAAACCAGUGUCCUACAGGAAAUUCUCACAUACAUUUCCUUUGUUUUGACCUCCAGAAUUCUGCCGUGUCGUACUGGCAGGAGCAGGGUGCCCCUGUGGAAAAACUGUUGAUGGGUUUUCCUACAUUUGGACACUCGUUUCUCCUCACUUCCACAGUCGGUGGGGUUGGGGCCCCUACCAGUAGCUUUGCUGCGGCUGGGCCAUAUACUCAAGAGAUGGGUGUCUGGUCUCACUAUGAGGUGAUCGAAGGGUUUAGUGCAGCAUGUUUACAAUCAACAAUCAAUACAUCUGAAUAAUUGUCUAAUCUUAUCUUAUCUUGUCUUAUCUUAUCUUGUAUUAUCUUAUCUCAUCUUAUCUUAUCUUAUAUCAUAGAAUUAACUCCCUACUCAUGAAUUUCUUCAGAUUUGUUCUUUCCUUCAGGGUGCAACAGUAGAGUGGAUUGAUAAACAGAAAGUUCCAUUUGCUCUGAAGGGACGUGGGUGGGUGGGUUUUGACAACCAGACUAGCUAU